AUGAGCAGUCAUAUCAUAAAUAAACCCAAAAAUCAUAUAAAAAAGUUAGAAUCAAAAUUAGUAGAUAUACACAGAAGAAAAGACACAGAUAAGGAGUUUGAUGAAACAGAAUUGUUUAAUAUCUCAGCAGAAAUUCAAUCUUAUUACAAUAGUCUCGCAGAAGCAGCUAGAGUUCGAUCAAGAGUGCAAUGGUAUGAGGAAGGUGAAAGAUCUACUAAUUACUUUUUUAAUUUAGAAAAAUCUAGGGCUCAAAAUAAACAAUGGACUACAGUGAAAUGUGAAAACGGUCUCUACAGUUCAGAUAUAGAAAAAAUUCUGGAGGAACAAGUUAAAUUUUAUCAGAAACUGUUUACUUCAGAGGGAUGGAAUGAACAGGAAGCAGAGAAGCUUUUAAUGAAUGUAGAUGCAAGAUUAACAGAAGCAGAAAAACUAGAUUGUGAUAAAAUUCCUACUGAAGAAGAAAUUUUAAAAGUCAUUAAAACUCUGAAAAAAAAUAUGGAGCAGAAGGGAGGUAUUAUUAUCUUCUUAGAUCAACAAAAAGCGUUUGAUAGAGUGGAAUGGGUACUUGAAUGCUACGAGAAAGCUUCAGGCGCACGUAUCAAUAAGAAGAAAACAAAAGGAAGCCAAGGUGCCGUGAUUCCAUCAGACAAACCAACCGAAAAUCCCGACAUUGCAAGUCCAGCAGUCAACACGCCAUCUGAAGCGCCGUCAGAAAACACAGCAGCUGCCAGUCCACCAGUCAACACGCCAUCUGAAGGGCCGUCAGAAAACACAGCAGCUGCCAGUCCACCAGUCAACACGCCAUCUGAAGGGCCGUCAGAUAACAAAGCAGCUGCAAGUCCAGCAGUCAACACGCCAUCUGAAGGGCCGUCAGAAAACACAGCAGCUGCCAGUCCACCAGUCAACACGCCAUCUGAAGGGCCUUCAGAAAACACAGCAGCUGCCAGUCCACCAGUCAACACGCCAUCUGAAGGGCCGUCAGAUAACAAAGCAGCUGCAAGUCCACCAGUCAACACGCCAUCUGACGGGCCGUCAGAAAACACAGCAGCUGCCAGUCCACCAGUCAACACGCCAUCUGAAGGGCCUUCAGAAAACACAGCAGCUGCCAGUCCACCAGUCAACACGCCAUCUGAAGGGCCGUCAGAAAACAAAGCAGCUGCCAGUCCACCAGUCAACACGCCAUCUGAAGGGCCUUCAGAAAACACAGCAGCUGCCAGUCCACCAGUCAACACCCCAUCUGAAGGGCCGUCAGAAAACAAAGCAGCUGCCAGUCCACCAGUCAACACGCCAUCUGAAGGGCCGUCAGAAAACACAGCAGCAGCCAGUCCACCAGUCAACACGCCAUCUGAAGGGCCGUCAGAAAACACAGCAGCUGCAAGUCCACCAGUCAACACGCCAUCUGAAGGGCCGUCAGAAAACAAAGCAGCUGCAAGUCCACCAGUCAACACGCCAUCUGAAGGGCCGUCAGAAAACAAAGCAGCUGCCAGUCCACCAGUCAACACGCCAUCUGAAGGGCCGUCAGAAAACACAGCAGCUGCCAGUCCACCAGUCAACACGCCAUCUGAAGGGCCGUCAGAAAACACAGCAGCUGCCAGUCCACCAGUCAACACGCCAUCUGAAGGGCCGUCAGAAAACACAGCAGCUGCCAGUCCACCAGUCAACACGCCAUCUGAAGGGCCGUCAGAAAACAAAGCAGCUGCCAGUCCACCAGUCAACACGCCAUCUGAAGGGCCGUCAGAAAACACAGCAGCUGAUAAUCCACAAAAAAACGCACCAUCAGACACCGAAAAUGUUGAAAUUCAAACAGCGAAUGAAAAGUCCCAGUCUACACAGAGUAUCAGACCAAAGUCAACAACAAAUGAAAUGGGAGAUAACCCAAACGCAACACCCCAAUCUGGACCUCAUGUAAAGGUUACUUCAACCAAAACAGAAACGAAGAAGAAACCACCAACAAAAGCUGGGCGUAAGAACAAGAAAGAUAAAACCAACAAGAUAUUGGCCAGACUAUCAAAACAAAGUAUGGAACGAUUAAAGAAGCUGAUCCUGUCAAAAACAAUGACGAAUGAAAACCUAGGUACACUCAUCCUUACUACGUACGUGAAAAAGGCAAAAGAAGCCGGGACAGUGAGGGAACAUAUUAAUGGCCGAACUAGGUUGCAGCGGUAUCAAAUGGACAAACUUCAAAAAUUAAAUGUGGAUUCCAUUGAAAAACUUUUAUUUGACAAGAAACGGUUCUCUGAACGAAUACGUGAAAAGGCAUUGAAUGUGUACUUGAAAUUACAUCUUCCUUCAAGAUCUGAUACAAAGAGUAAAAAAACUGAUAAAAUUAUCGAAACAUCUAAGAGCACAACAGGAAGUGUUAAAGUAGGAGAUAAUGUUGCACCAUGGUCACAGGCGAAUGAAGAUUCGAAGUUCCCAAUGCAAACACAUGCCAAACCGCACAAGCCUACGUUAACAGAAAACGAGCCUGUUGUAAAACCUGCCGUUAAAAAUGACCAAGAAGAAAAAAUCUCCACAAGCCCGGCGGUUAAAACGACGUCAAACGUCCCUGCAAAAUCUCCCACUGAUAAAGUCAAGCCUACUCCAGCUAAGCCCCCUAAAAACGUUAAAGUAGGAGAUAAUGUUGCACCAUGGUCACAGGCGAAUGAAGAUUCAAAGUUCCCAAUGCAAACACAUGCCAAACCGCACAAGCCUACGUUAACAGAAAACGAGCCUGUUGUAAAACCUGCUGUUAAAAAUGACCAAGAAGAAAAAAUCUCCACAAGCCCGGCGGUUAAAACGACGUCAAACGUCCCUGCAAAAUCUCCCACUGAUAAAGUCAAGCCUACUCCAGCUAAGCCCCCUAAAAACGUUAAAGUAGGAGAUAAUGUUGCACCAUGGUCACAGGCGAAUGAAGAUUCAAAGUUCCCAAUGCAAACACAUGCCAAACCGCACAAGCCUACGUUAACAGAAAACGAGCCUGUUGUAAAACCUGCUGUUAAAAAUGACCAAGAAGAAAAAAUCUCCACAAGCCCGGCGGUUAAAACGACGUCAAACGUCCCUGCAAAAUCUCCCACUGAUAAAGUCAAGCCUACUCCAGCUAAGCCCCCUAAAAACGUUAAAACAGGAGAUAAUGUUGCACCAUGGUCACAGGCGAAUGAAGAUUCGAAGUUCCCAAUGCAAACACAUGCCAAACCGCACAAGCCUACGUUAUCAGAAAACGAGCCUGUUGUAAAACCUGCCGUUAAAACUGACCAAGAAGAAAAAAUCUCCACAAGCCCGGCGGUUAAAACGACGUCAAACGUCCCUGCAAAAUCUCCCACUGAUAAAGUCAAGCCUACUCCAGCUAAGCCCCCUAAAAACGUUAAAGUAGGAGAUAAUGUUGCACCAUGGUCACAGGCGAAUGAAGAUUCGAAGUUCCCAAUGCAAACACAUGCCAAACCGCACAAGCCUACGUUAUCAGAUUUAUUAGGUGAACAAGCUGCUGUGCAAUCAACCGUUGAAAAGGACCCGGAAGUGAAACCUGCUGAGGUCACCGCAAAACAAUCUACCGAAAAAGAUAAGAAAAAUUCUGUUGAUGCCGAUGGUAGCGUAAAGGUUGGAGGGAACGUGGCCCAGUGGUCACAAACAAAUGAAGAUUCUAUUUCUCCUGUGCAAACACAUGCCAAGCCUCAUACGCCAACUUUAACAGAUUUGCCGAAUAAAGAGACAACAGAGGGCGUUGCUGAUAAAGCUACCGAGCAAGAAAUAUUAACAACAGAUAAAAAAACAAAUUCACCAGAAGGCAGAACCGAGGAAAAACAAAUGUCUUUCCCCACACCUAUAGACCAACAGUUGGCCUUAGAUGCUGAGACGGGUAACAAUCAACAUGCUGGCCAACCAGAAGAGUCAUCGCCAUUUUUAAGGACAUCUUCAAUAGUGUCAUCUGGUGAUCACGUGCAACCGAAAGCGACAUCUUCCGGAAGGAUCAUCAGCGAGAGGGACAUUAGGGCUGUCGUGUCGUCCUUUUUCUAG